CUAUUACUAUUUAUCAUACUUCUAGUGCUCUCCCAUUAAAGUUUACUAACACACCUACACCUCUGCCUCCAAAACUUAGAAUUUGGUGACACUAGUCUCUCUCUCUCUCAUUCUUGCUAGCAUAGCAGAAGUUACAGAAACACUAGUCAAAAUAAACCAACCCCUCUCUUAGUUUUCUUUCUUGCUACAAUUGAUUUUUUAUCCAUAGGGAUUUUUAUAUGUAUUAAACAAAAAAAAACAGAUGCCCCUUGGCAACAGAAUAUUAAAGAAAAAUAGUCAGUAGAUUCCAAUCUCUCUCUCUUGCUUGCUCUCUCCCGCAACUGUCUGCCUUUCCCAGAAGACCAAACAAGACUUAAACAAACCAAAAAAAAAAAAAAAAUUUGACAAAAGCAAAAACAAAAACAAAACAGAAACAGUCUUUUUAGAAUUAGACGAACCCCUCUCUCUUUCUCUUUCUCUUUCUCUUUCUCUCUUUUUGUGUCUGUGUCUGUCUCUGUCUCUCUCUCAUUUCUUACCAAACUAGCAAUAGCAUAGCUAGAUGGGUCUUUGGACUCGGCAUCAUCUUCUUCUUCUCCUCCUGUCUCUCCUUGUCUGCACUUGCUUCUCAGAUCCAAGCGACGAGCUUUGCCUGACCCACCUAAGCGAGUCCUUAUUAGACCCCACAAAAUCGCUUCAAAACUGGACCAAGACCACCUUCUCCAACCCUUGUUCUGGCUUCACCUCAUAUCUCCAAGGCGCAACUUGCAACAAUGGUCGAAUCUACAAGCUCUCUCUCUCAAACCUCUCUCUCAGAGGCUCUAUCUCUCCUUUCCUCGCUAACUGCACUAACCUCCAAGCCCUUGACCUCUCCUCCAACGCUCUCACUGGUCCAAUCCCCCCAGACCUUCAAUACUUAGUCAACCUUGCUGUACUCAACCUCUCCUCUAACCAGCUCACCGGUCAGAUCCCACCUCAGCUCACAUUGUGUGCUUACCUUAACGUUAUUGAUCUUCACGAUAACCUUCUCACAGGCCAAAUUCCACAGCAAUUGGGUAUUCUCGCUCGUCUCAGCGCUUUUGAUGUUUCUAAUAACAAACUCUCUGGUUCCAUACCCACCUCGCUGGUGAACAGGAGUGGGAACUUGCCGAGAUUCAAUGCUACAUCGUUUGAUGGAAACAAGGAUCUUUAUGGGUACCCUUUACCGCCUUUGAAGAACAAAGGGUUGUCAGUGAUGGCCAUUGUUGGGAUCGGAUUGGGAAGUGGCUUCGCUAGCUUGGUACUCAGUUUUACUGGGGUGUGUAUAUGGCUCAAAGUUACAGAGCACAAGAUGGCUCUUGAGGAAGGCAAAAUUAAUCACCUUAUGCCCGAUUAUUGAGCUUAAUAUUCUGAGAAAAUUGAUCGCAGAUGAGAUUAUUGAGCUGAAAGUGAUGAGUUUAAAAAAAAUUUCAGGUAUGUUUUUGAUACAGGUGAGGUUUGGGCUUAGUCUUAAUAUUACUAUUAUUUUUUCUUCUUCUUUCUAAUGGGGUUUUAUUAUUAGAUACUCUUUUACUAAUUUGUGGAGGGAUUUUUCUUUUUUCUUUUUUCUUUUUCACCUUCUGUCUUUAACCAAUUUGGCUUUGUUUUCUUUUUUGGGGAAUCUCUAUUUCUUUUGGGGAUUGAUUAUCUAUAUUUAGUAAUUGCUUAACAAUCAACAUUGUAUAAAUCCAAUUCAAACAUGAGGCAUAUGAUCAGUGAAAUAGUGCAGUUAUAAUUGUCAUUUUUCCUCUCUUUGAUGUAAUGUAAGCAUACAGUAAUGUAAUGCUUUUGUUGUUUCUUUC